GCGCGGAUCAAGAUCUAGUUUUAAUUUUAAAGUUAAUCAUCAAUCAAUGAGUCGUACAUUGACCAGAGAAAAAAAAAACGAGUCGCUGUUGAAUUAUCCUUCCUUCACCCCUCGCAAUCAAUGGCGCUGGUCAUCUCUCUCCACAAUAAUCUCUCUCUCCGUUUCAUACUUCAUCUCUUCCACCAAACCACCGCCAAAUGGAUUACAGACUCCCAGCCAUCAUCGCCGCCUCGGCGACCUCCAUCCUCAUCUUACUCCUCCUCAUCAUCACCAUCUUCCUCUGCCGUCGCCGCCACGCCAUCCAAAACCACCCCCGCCGCGACCAAACCCACCAACAAAGAACCACCACUCCGAACUCAUCCACAGCCCUCAACCCCGCCGUGAGCAGCGAAAGCACGAGCUUCGACCCAUCCAUCACCGAGAUAUCCAUGUCCGAACUCUCCAUAGCAACCAACAACUUCUCCUCUGAUCUGAUCGUCGGCGACGGGAGCUUCGGCUUGGUCUACCGCGCGAAGCUCGCGAACGGCCCCGUAGUAGCAGUCAAGAAACUCGACCGCGACGCUUUACAAGGACUCCGCGAGUUCACCGCCGAGAUGGAAACCUUAAGUAGCUUACGUCACCCGAACAUAGUUCGGAUCUUGGGUUACUGCAUCUCGGGACCGGACCGUGUCUUGAUCUACGAGUUCUUGGAGAAAGGGAGCCUUGACUCUUGGCUUCACGAGAGCAACACGGUCAACGCUUCUUACGCGCUACCGUGGGCCACACGCUUGAGGAUAGCGUACGAUGUGGCCAAAGGCCUGGCUUACCUUCACGGUCUUCCUAAACCGAUCAUCCACAGAGAUAUUAAGUCCAGCAACGUGUUGCUUGACCCGGACUUCGGGGCCCAUAUAGCUGACUUUGGGCUGGCGCGUAGCAUCGACGCGUCUAUGUCUCAUGUCUCCACGCAGGUGGCGGGGACCAUGGGGUACAUGCCUCCCGAGUAUUGGGAAGGGAACACCGCGGCGACGGUGAAGACGGAUGUGUAUAGUUUUGGGGUUUUGAUGUUGGAGAUGGCGACACAGAGACGGCCUAACUGGCCGGUGGUUGUGGAUGAUGGGAAGGAGGUUGGGUUGGCCCAAUGGGCUGUGAUGUUAGAGGGGAAGAAUAGGUAUAAUGAAAUGGUUGAGGCGAGUUUUGUUGGUGAGAUGGGUGUGGAUGAGUAUUUUGGGAUUGCGAGUCUUUGUAUAAAAGAGGCGAGUAGAGAACGGCCUACGAUGAGUCAAGUUGUGAAGCUAUUGGAAGAGGUUUUGGUGAGUGAGUGAAUGAGUGAUGUAGUUAUUAGUUGAUAGGUUAGAUUUCAAUAUGAUUGUAUUUGUUGUGUUGUUUAUAAAAAGUGAAGUUUGAGCAAUGUAAUAAUUUGCAAAAAAUAAAGAAAAAUAAGAAAUAUAUUGUGACA